UUUUUAGGGAAUGUUUAUCCGUUCACUUUCAAAAGAAUUUGUUGAUGCUUUAAAGCUUCCAUUUAUUACUCAUUAUUCCCCAUUUUCUCAUUGUAGUAAUUCUCUUUUAUCAAUUAAUUCAUCUCUAAAAUAUAUUCGAUAUUCAAGUAAUUCUUCAUCAAAUGAAAAUUAUUUAGGCCCUGAUUAUUUUGAAGGACUUUAUUUUGAUGGAGAAAUUCCAAAAAACAAAAUUUUAAAGAAAUGGACAAGAAGUAGCGGUCCUGGAGGGGCUAAUGUAAAUGCAAAUUCAACAAAAGCUGAAAUUAGAUUUUCUCUUUCAGAAGCCGAUUGGUUACCCAAAAAAGUCCGAGAACGUUUACAACAAAAAUAUUCGGGAAAUAUAAAUAAUAAUAAAGAAUUCUUUCUUACUUCAAUGAGAACAAGAUCUUCGAAAAACGCCGGGAAUUUGUUUCUGAAGAAUAUUUGGAGGAAGUUGAAGAAAGAAAAGAACUUGCUAGACAAGCUAGAUUGGAGGCUAAAGAACGUAUUUCUAAUGAUUUCCAAUGACAGUCUAAUAAACAGGGAAGAGCAGCAACCAAUUACAAUUACAAGUGUGCAAUAUGUAGAAGAUAUGGAUGGAGAUGUUGAUAAAAAUAGAAAGAAUCAAUCCAAAAAACUCAAAGCCAAUACUUGUGGACAACAACAAUCUGAUAAAUUAAAUAAUGAGGCAAUAAACACAAAUAACAAUUCUGGUGUCAAACGUAGUCCUUUUGGAAUAUUGUCUAGAGCUAAUCGAUUACUAAUUAUGUUGGGAAUGACUUUCUUUUACUUUUUAAUCGAGCUUGUUUUUGGCUAUGUAUCUCAUUCAAUGGCAUUAAUUGCUGAUUCUUUUCAUAUGAUGAGUGAUGUUAUGGCAUUAACGAUUGCUUUUGGAUGUUUAAAGAUUGCCGAACGUAGCAGAAGUGCUAAAAAUACAUUUGGCUGGGUUAGGGCUGAAGUUCUGGGUGCUUUGGUGAAUGGAGUAUUUUUGUUAGCUCUUUGUUUUACUAUUUUUAUUGAGGUUUUUUAA